GUCCCUCGGCGCUCGCCGUCGCGCCGCAGCCAAUCAGCAAGCGUGCUGCGGGGCGGGCGGCGGCGGCGGGAGCCGGGGCGCGGCGGCCAUGGAGGAUGUGUGCGCCAAGUUCGUGUCGCAGAAGAUCAGCAAGGCGCGCUGGCGGCCCCUGCCCGCCGCUGCGCUCCAGCCCCCCGACCUCUUCGCCACCGGUUCCUGGGACAACGAGGAUAACAGAAUCUCGAUUUGGUCUAUUGGAGAUGUUGGAAACGUGGGCCUCAAUGGCGAGUUUCAAGCAGAACCUCAGCUGCUGUGUGACAUCAGGCACAAUGGUGAUGUCAUGGACAUGCAGUUUUUGGAUCAAGAGAGAAUUGUGGUUGCCUCAUCAACAGGAACUGUGACUGUAUUCCGUCAUCAUCAAAAUAACCAGACUUUAUCUGCCAACCAGCGGUGGGAGAAAGCUCAUUAUCAUGUGGAUCAAGAAACAUCUUGUGGUGGAGCAGCAUGUACUGGCAUCGUCUGCAAUAACCCAGAAAUUGUCACUGUUGGAGAAGAUGGUAGAAUAAAUCUCUUCAAAGCUGACCAAAAGAAUGCAGUAAGAACUAUAGACAAUGCAGACAGCAGUACGCUCCAUGCUGUGACUUUCCUUCGCACAACUGAAAUCUUGACAGUAAAUUCAAUUGGACAGUUAAAAAUAUGGGACCUCAGACAACAAAGAAAUGAACCAUCUCAAAUAUUUUCUUUGACAGGUGACAGAGUUCCACUGCACUGUGUGGACAGGCAUCCCAAUCAGCAGCAUAUUGUGGCCACAGGAGGCCAGGAUGGGAUGCUGAGUAUAUGGGAUAUCAGGCAGGAUACUAUGCCAGUGUCCCUGCUUAAUGCUCAUGAAGCAGAAAUGUGGGAAGUUCACUUCCAUCCUUCCAACCCGGAUCACUUAUUUACAUGUUCUGAAGAUGGAUCUUUAUGGCACUGGGAUACUUCCACAGAUGUAGCUGAAAAACCAUCUUUUCUUCAUCAAGGAGGAAGAAGUACCACCCAUUUUUCCCACAGUACCAUUAACCAGUCUGUAAUAAGUGCCUGGCUAAGCAACGAUCCUACCAAAGACCGAAUGGAAAUCACCAACUUAAUUCCAAAUCAGACUUUGUCUGUGAAUACUUUAGAUGUUUUGGGACCAUGCCUAGUAUAUGGUACUGAUGCAGAGGCUAUUUAUGUGAACAGACAAAUUUUUGCAUGAGAUGACUCCAGUAUCACUUUGAAAUAUUGAUCACCUUCAGCUACUGGGAAAUGGCAGCUUCCUUCUGAAUGAUGCUCAUUACUCUGUUACCAACAUGUGGAGGAAAGGGCCACAACUUGGCCUUGGUAUUGCAGAAGAAAUGCAAAGUAUCUCAGAUUCUGACUGCUAUCACUCACUGAUGCUCAAGGAUGGGUAACUCUUGUGCUACGUGUUGAAACAGUAAUUACAACAUGAAUUUCUUCCCCAGUGCCCGUUUGGUUUGGUACACAGGAGAGUAGUAGUUAGAGCAAUGUAUUUGUUAAAAGCUGAUGUCAGCAAAACCAACAUCAGCUCCCAGUUAUUUUGUUUGCUUUGUUGGUUUGGGGCUGUUUUGGGUUUUUUUCCCUGUAAAGGUAUUUUUCAGGACAAAUUAUAGGGUUCUUCGAAAUACUUUUUAUGUCAGCUAAGAGGGAUGGGAUUUUUUAAAAUGAGCUUUUUAUAUAUUUCAGGGAAUGUAACUUUUUUUGUUAGUUCAUGAGAAUUGGAAAGAAAAACCGUUAAAGCUGUGAAAUGUGAAAGAUUCUGUAGGAAUCUUAGCAUUUUGGUAACAUUUACAGCUUCAUCAUAGAUGCUGCAAAUUAAAACUUAAUAAUAUGCUGGUAACACUCAACAGAAGGGAUUUUUUUUUAUACUUAAGAGGUCAUAAUUGACAGAUGUGUUGGUUGUUUUCAGGUGUGAGAAUAAGACUUUCUAAGCUUCAGGCACAUCCUUUGUCACAGGUGGAAUUUCACAUCCAGUCAAAAAGUUAAAUUUUAUCAUUGUUGGUGUACCUACCUUUUGUUGCAGAGAACCCUUUCUCUUUUUUAAUAAAAAGUUUUGCACAAGGA